UGAAAAUGGCUGCAACGACAACGGCCAAUGAUAAUGGCAACGGCAUUAGUUUGUCACCAUCAUCAUCAACACCGGCGGUCGGUGCCAUCAUUGGCAAUAAUGGUGGUGUUAAUAACAAUAAUAACAACAACGGUACGUUUCUGUGUGAUAUAUCGAAUCUAACAGCGGAAGAACGAAAUAAAUUGGAUGAAAUACGACAAAAACGACAAAAAUUAUUGAAUGAGAUUCAAAAAUUAAAAGAGGAAAUAUCUUUGGUUAAGAAGGAAAUGUCUCGUCUUGAUCAUCAUCCACUUCAACAACAGCAGCCACAGCAAUAUCCACAAUCAAAUUCUAUAAUCGAUGGUUCGUCAAAUGAUCAUGUAAACAACAAUAAUGGGAAUCAGCAGCGUUUAAAACAACUAUCGAUUGGAAAGAAAAAAUUCAACAUGGAUCCAAAAAAGGGUAUCGAAUUUCUUAUCGCUCAAAAUCUAGUAGGUAAUACUCCUGAAGAUGUAGCAAUAUUUUUAUACAAAGGUGAAAGCCUAAAUAAAACGGCCAUAGGAACAUACUUGGGCGAGAAAAUUGAUUUCAACCUGAAAGUUUUAAAUCACUUUAUUGAGUUACAUGAUUUCAAAGAUUCAUUACUGGUUCAAGCACUUCGACAAUUUCUGUGGUCAUUUCGAUUGCCAGGCGAAGCACAGAAGAUUGAUCGAAUGAUGGAGAAAUUCGCUGCACAUUAUUGCCACCAGAAUCCUGGUGUAUUCUCCAAUACAGACACUUGUUUUGUUCUUAGUUUUUCAAUCAUUAUGCUCAACACAUCGUUACAUAAUCCGAAUGUAAAAGAUAAAAUGACGGCCGAUAAAUUUAUUCAAAUGAAUCGUGGUAUAAAUAAUGGUGGUGAUCUAUCCAAAGAAUUACUUUUAUCUUUAUAUGAAAAUAUACGUCAUGAACCGUUCAAGAUACCGGAAGAUGAUGGCCAAGAAUUGAUGCAUACAUUUUUCAAUCCUGAUCGUGAAGGUUGGCUAUGGAAACAAGGUGGCCGUUAUAAAAGUUGGAAACGUCGUUGGUUUCUAUUGAAUGAUAAGUGCCUUUAUUAUUUCGAAUGCGAUACUGAUAAAGAACCACGUGGUAUUAUACCAUUAGAAAAUGUUGAUAUACGUGAAAUUGGUGAUCGUGGAGGUCGACAACAUUGUUUUGAACUUUAUUCACCUAUUAGUGAUGUGAUUAAAGCAUGUAAAACAGAUACCGAAGGUCGUGUCAUUGAAGGACGACAUUCUGUAUAUCGAUUAUCAGCUGCAACAGCGGCAGAAAAAGAUGCUUGGGUCAAAUCUAUACAGACAAGUGUUUCAAGAAAUCCAUUCUAUGAAAUGUUAGCGGCACGUAAACGUAAAGCACAACAAAAUUAAAAAAGUAGACAAAUUGAAACUUACAAAAAGUCUUUCAAUCAUCAUUCGCUUAAUUCAACUAUCGUAAUGCAACCAUUCGAUAUCGAUAGGAUUUACGAAAGGAUUUUGAUUCUCACAUUCUAAGUCAAUCAGUCUAAAUCAUCCAUCAUCAAGCGCAUUUUAAUUCACAUAACCAUUCAUUGAUGCCAUUCAUAGAAUCAUCAUGAUCACUUUAUGACCAUCUUCAAUCCACAGAAACAUUUUUAUUUCCGAUCAUUAUAUUGUAAAUAUUUCCCUUUCCAUUAACAAUCUUAAUUAUUGUUGUCUUAUAUCUGAAUUUCAGAAAUUCCAUCCUAUAAAGUUUAAAAAAAAAUCAUUUUCAAUUUUAACAAACAAACGAAAUAAAUAAUUUUUUUUUUUUU